AUGUUUACCGAAAAUGGGUUACUGGAGCCUUAUGAGGUGCAAGUGAUGGAGACUAAAGACGGCUCUAAGAGCUCAGACUGCGCUCAGGUCAAUGCCGCAGUCGCAAAGUAUCCAGAUGUCAAAUCCUAUGCCAGCCCCAACGACACUGCGAUACGUGAUGCCCCUUCUUGGACACCACAAAGAAAGCUCAAGGUCAUAACCAUAGGAGCUGGCUUUUCUGGUCUCAUAUUUGCACACAAAUUGCAACAUGAGCACGGGGAAUUCCACGAGUUAGUAGACCACGAGAUCUAUGAAGCAAGAGAAAAUAUUGGGGCAACCUGGCUGGCUUUUCCAUUCGAUCCAAAACCAGAUUGGACCCAAUUCUACGCAACUGGUGCGGACAUUCCAGCCUAUAUCGAGAGCACCGUUAAAAAUGGAACCUGGAUCGCAAUCGAGAAAACUUUUGUGGAAUAUGCAGACAUACUAGUGUCUGGCCAGGGCGUGUUGAACAAUUGGCGGUGGCCCGAUAUUGAGGGUCUAAGCACUUUCGAAGGCGACAAGUGUCACUCUGCCGCUUGGGACCAUGAUUUUGACUAUUCGGAAAAAACCAUUGCUGUCAUUGGUAAUGGCUCAUCUGGUGUACAAAUUAUCCCCAAACUUGCAGAGCUUCCAAAAACCAAAGUUAUCGCAUUCCAGCGAACACCAAACUAUGUCUCCACACCGCUUCCGCCUGGGAAUCUAAUGGGGCGUGAAGGAGAUGUCAGCAACAACCCUACCUUCACCGAAGAAGACAAGAAACGAUUUCGCGACGAAACAGAGUUUCACCGCGACUACAGACGCAGAACUAUUCAUCAAAUCAACAGCGCUUUUAAGAUGUUUCUCAAGGGCUCCACGGCAAAUGAGGCUAUCACUGACGCUGCGCGCAAGCAGAUGACUAUGAGGCUAAAGAACGACGCUGACCUGUGCUCUAAUUUGAUCCCGGACUGGGGACUUGGUUGUCGCCGUAUCACACCUGGAGAAGGCUAUUUAGAAUCACUUACUAGGGCGAAUGUUAAGUUGGUCAACAGCUCCGUCGUGAAGGCGACUGCGAAUUCUAUCACUACGGCAGAUGGCCAGACCUUUGACGUCGAUGUGAUUGUAUGUGCUACCGGGUUUGACGUGUCUCUCCGACUUCAGUGGAACAUGGUGGGUAGAAAGAACGUAGAUUUGCGUAAGGAAUGGGAAGUUGACCCCGAAUCCUAUGGAGAAUGGCUCAACUCCAAUAAUUGGCUGGAUCCUUGCUAA